GGGAGCGGUUCCGGUAAGAACGGAUCUUAGGAGAGAAAUGAGAACGAAUCUGGACCGUUGGAUUGGAUUAUGUGUGUUGGAGGUAUUGGUCCUACCAAGGCCUCCUUUCCACUUUAUUUGCUGAGGCUUGCACCCUAUUGUUUUACUCCCACUUUGUUACCUUUUUCUUUGGUAUAUAUCCUGAUCAAAUAUUACCUAUAUUUUGAGUGGUUGACUUAAUCUCUUGGCUGGCCCCUUCUCUGCCUCCUGUCCGCUGCACUCAUUGCCUGGCAGCCUGUGAGCCUUUUUGUCUUGGCUCUCACCCGUGACUUCCUUCUGGCCGUUGCUAUUAUUUAGAGGCCUUGGCCUCUUCCUGUGUUAGUAGCCUGCGUAGAAAAAUCCCUGAGAGCAGAGCUCCCUUCUUCUUCCUUUGUGUGAGAGAGUAGAAAGGUCUUAGUGGAGAGUUGAGAGUGGAUGCUAUAGCCUCCUCCUAGUGUGGUGUAUGUGAUUAUAGUGGAAUAGACCUGAGCCGGAGACGGAUAAGAUCCUAACAAUUUCCGCCUGAAGAGCAAUUUCCAUCAGAGAAGGAAAUCUGCCGCCCCGCCGUUGCCAUCUGCAGCCGUCUGAGAGUUGCGCCGGAGUCAGCCACAACUGUCGGAGUCGACGUUGCUGGAACUGCUCGUCCGACGAAACCUUGUUCGUAGAAGCCCUGAAGCCGGCAAGGACGAAGAAUAUUUCUUUGCAGAAGCCCUGAAGCCGACAAAACCCUGUUCGCAGAAGCUGUUGGGCUGAACCAAGUUGUUGGGCCUGAACAUUGCUGGGUUGCUGAACUGGACUGGGUCUGCUGGAGCUGCUGGUCUACUGGAGAAGCUGGACUGCUGCUGGACCUGUGCUGUUGGGCCGCUGGACUGACCUGCUGGACUGCUGGAGUUGCUGGAGCAGCCGGUCAACGCCGGUCAACGCCGGUCAACGCCGGUCAUCAGUCAGAAAAAUCCCAAUUUUUUAAAAUUGGGUAGGUAAGGUCGAAACCCUCUCCUAGGGUUUCGCUAAGGUAAAUUGGCUAUAAACACCCUAGGUGCACCGGGUGCCUCCGGAUAUAAUUUUAUUCCCCCUCCCCGCGGGCCGCCGGUAGAUUGUAUCCCGGUCGCCAACCCCCCAGGUGCGUUUGCUAAACCCUCUCCUUUGUGGCAGAUUGUUUAGUUGUUUAACUUGAAUUGCUAAGUGUUACUUAAUUCAUUUGUUAUGCGUAGGGGUGGUUUAUUGAGUAUUAGGGGUAGAAUUAAUUAAUUUUAAUUGCUGCCCGGAGUUGUUUUAUGUGCCAAACUGUCCAUAUUUGCUAUUUGUUGCAAGCUGCCCGGGGUUAUUAAAGUGUAUACUUUAUAGCCCGGGUUGGAUUAUUUUCUGUCAAAUUUGUCUGUUUAGCUUUGUGUUGUUUUGUGGUUGAUACCAUGGCUGCUAAUCAGUAUGGUAUGCUUCCAUUUAAUGGAAAGACAGAUUUUGAUAUUUGAAAACAGAAAAUUAAGUGUGUUUUAAUACAACAAAAAGUUUUCAGAGCUGUCACUGGUAUUUUCCUUGAAUCAGAAGAUAAGGCUAAGCAAAUUGAAAUGAAUGAAACUGCUUGUUCUACUACUUACUUGAAUCUGUCUGAUUCUGUGCUUAGGAAAGUGGGUAUUCUUGAGUCCGCUAAGGAAUUGUGGGAGAAAUUGGAUAGUCUCUAUACUGAUACCUCUUUGUCCGGAAAGUUGUUUUUACUUGAGAAAUUCUUUAGGUUUAGGCUUGACCUGACUAAGGAUAUAGAUGAGAACCUGGAUGUGUUUAAUAAACUGAUACAAAAUAUCAAACAGGCAGGUGAUAAACACAUAGACGAUUAUACUCCCAUAGUAUUACUUAAUGCCAUUCCCGACUCUUAUAAUGAUGUUAAGUCCGCUAUUAAGUAUGGUAGGGAUGAGAUUUCGUUAGAUAUUGUUGUUAAUGGGUUAAGGAGUAAGGAAUUAGACCUAAAGCAUGCUAGGGGUAGUGCUAGUCAGUCCAGGGACUCCGGUGAGGCUAUGUUUGUUAGAGGUAGAUCUAAGGGUAGGUCUAAGAACUCUAAGCAAAAUAGUCAAAGUAAGAACACUAGUCAGCCUGGGAGAAAGAGGAGCAAAUCUAGGAAGAGAGUGUGUUACAAUUGUGGUAACGCUGACCAUUUCAUUAAGGAUUGCCCUAAACCUAAGAAGACCGAGCAUGCUAGUGUAGCUGUUGAUAAAUGUGACCUUGGUGAUAUUUUGAUGGUUUGUGACCAUGUUAAUUCUGUGCGUAAUUCCCUGUCUGAUCAUGAAUGGUUGAUUGACUCUGGUUGUACCUAUCACAUGUCCCCCUUUAGAGAUUUGUUUUCUACAUAUGAAUUAUGUGAUAGUGGCUAUGUUUCCUUAGCUGAUAAUAAGAGAUGCAAUGUGCUUGGUGUUGGUGAUAUAUGUCUGAAGUUUUCUUGUGGCUCUGUGUUUACCAUUAAGAAUGUGAGGCAUGUCCCUGAUUUAUGUCAUAACUUGUUAUCUGUUGCUGCUUUGGAGAGUAGUGGUUUACAGGGAAAGUGGGGAAAUGGUUGCAUGAAAAUCUUGAAAAAUUCUCUUGUGUUGUUUAAAGCUGAGAAGGUGAAUAACCUUUAUGCGUGUCAUGCUAAACCUUUUACUGAGUCUGUGAAUGUUGUAUGUUCUGAUAAGACCUCUUUGUGGCAUAAUAGGCUAGGACAUAUGAGCAAUAAGGGUUUAGAUGUCAUGCGUAGGGCUGGUUAUUUUGGUAAGGACUCUGUGACUUCUGUGCCUUUCUGUGAAUCAUGUGUGUUAGGCAAGCAACAUAGAGUCAGCUUCCCUCCUUCCUCUUACCCUAAUCUGUCUAAGUGUUCGUCUGUGCUUGAAUAUGUUCAUGCCGAUGUUUGGGGUCCUGCCAGUGUUCCUACCCACGGGGGUAGGAAAUAUUUCCUUUCUAUUAUUGAUGAUUUCUCUAGGAAGGUGUGGGUUUGCUUUUUAGAACACAAGUCUGAUGUGUUUGUGAAGUUUAGGGAGUGGAAAACCCUAGUUGAAAACCAAACUGGCAGGAAGGUUAAAACCCUUAGGACCGAUAACGGGUUAGAGUUCUGUAAUAAGGAGAUGGAUAAGCUGUGUGUGGAUUGCCCCUUCUCUGCCUCCUGUCCGCUGCACUCAUUGCCUGGCAGCCUGUGAGCCUUUUUGUCUUGGCUCUCACCCGUGACUUCCUUCUGGCCGUUGCUAUUAUUUAGAGGCCUUGGCCUCUUCCUGUGUUAGUAGCCUGCGUAGAAAAAUCCCUGAGAGCAGAGCUCCCUUCUUCUUCCUUUGUGUGAGAGAGUAGAAAGGUCUUAGUGGAGAGUUGAGAGUGGAUGCUAUAGCGUCCUCCUAGUGUGGUGUAUGUGAUUAUAGUGGAAUAGACCUGAGCCGGAGACGGAUAAGAUCCUAACAAUGUGGAACUGAAUUGUGCAUUUGGUGAAACCGAAAUGUGCAUUAGAUGAUAUUAAAAUGUGCACAAUUAAAAUUUAAACUCACAUGUGCAUUAGGUGAAACUGAAAUGUGCAUAAUAAAAGGUACAAAAAUAACAUCACAUCGUACCUUUUAUUCUGCACAUUUUAGUUUCAUCUAGUGCACAUUUCAAAAUCACCUAAUGCGCAAUUUAGCUUCACAUAAUACUACUACAUUGUAGCAUUUGUGCUGCACAUUUCAAUUUCACCUAAUACACAUUACAGCUUCAUCUAAUGCACAUUGAAUUUCACAUAAAGCAAAUAUAACGGUCUAGAUUUAUAUAUAUAAGAUAUGAGUGUCACAAAUACAGACUUUUUCGAAGGAGCGAGACUCUCUAUCUUCUCUCUAGCCUUCGACAUUUUUCUCAAUCGGACAGCCUGAAGCAUGUGCUGCAGAAAUGCCACCGGCGGAAGGAACAGUCCCGAUGACCUCACAGGUGAAGCUCUCUUAUGCUGCGGUGGUAAGGGACUAAGGGAUCCUACCCCAGGCCAUCGUUUGCACUCUCAGUCACGUUCGCUUACCAACGUGGCUGACCUGGGAUCGUCCGGUAGCGUGAGCGGUUUUCCGUCUGUGUCAUUUUCUGAAGACGACUUACAGGUUUUAUCUCUUCCUUUCUGAUUCGCACUGGUCGGUACUUUUCCUUAGGGUCGCCCCCCAUCCCUGCGAUUCGAAUGGAUUUUGAAAAGUUUGGGUUUUCACAGGCUUAUUCGGUUGGUUUGCUUCCCUCCAAUAUUGUUUUGAUUAAUUUCAAACGUGAUCUUGAUUUUCAAAAAAUUUGGGAGAAGAAAUCCUGGGAUUUCAUUGGAUUUGAGAUUGUGAUGACCGACACCGAGUUUCUCUGUCGAACGAGACUCACCCCUGGCCCCUAUCUGGAUCUCCCUUGAAGGACUCCCUGUACACCUACAUGAUUUACGAGCCCUCAGAUCAAUUGCUAAGCUUUUGGGAAAGCCUAUCACCAUUGACAUCCCUACUGCAAACUUCUCCGGACCAUCCACAACCAGGAUUUGUAUUGAAAUGGAUCUCUUUUGAACUGCCUCCAAAAAUAUGGAAUGCCGUCGGUUUGGCCAUACUGAUUCUGAAUACCCUCUAUCAACUGAUUGUUUAAUGUCAAAGAAACAAACCCCUACUGUUGGCAGUAUCACCGAAGUUCCCAAGCCCCCUGUUAUUAAGCCUAAACUUCCACUGGCUGCUGGGGAACCGAGUACCUCUUCUUUGGAUAAUGUCGAAACUGAUUUUACAGUUUACAGCCCACUGCAAAAGGCCCUUUUCAUGAUGGAAUUGAGCCCUUGUUUUAAUUGUGAAUGUUAAUGAUGAAGUUGCGAUUGUUGCCCCUGUUAUUGCUAAAUCUUUAGUGGUGCACGCAUCCCCUGAUGCUGAGGACCUUAUUCAUGCUGCAGCUUUUGUCAAACUUGCUACUAAUGAGGAAUCUAGUCCUAUGAUGUUGGUAACAGACCUUACUGACGCCCCUAGUGAUGCUACUGUUUCUAUCCAACGACAUAUGAGUGCAAACCAAGGCACAGCAGCACCGAAUGCUGCUAAUAUGGAAUUUGUCCCUACUGUAAUUUGUGAUGCUCAUGCUAAUCCCUUUGUUUCACAAGAAGCUAUAAAGGCCCUCGUUGUAGCUCCUUUUAUUGAAACUGCUGUUAAGCCAGGUUUUCCGGUUGUCUCAGAUCACAUAGAAGCUGCUGGUUCCGUGUUGACUGCAGUUUACAAUGCUGCCCAAAUGGAAGUGGACCUUGAUAAGGAUGAACCCCAUGUGGCUACCUGUACUGUGGCGGUAACUGUGGGUGUUCAUCAAUCUGUUACCGAUGUUUCCUUUGAGGACCGAACAGGAAAUGAUGAGACCGUCUCUGAUCCUACACUUGAGAAUACAGUUACUACGCUUGCAUCAUAACUGUCCGGUGAUGGAACUUUCUCUGAGGACUGUCAAUCACUAACCCUUUUAGUUUCAAGUCAUCAAACAGCUGAAGAGGAAGUCAUUGACGGAUUUACCCAAGUCAAACAACGAAAUAGCAGAAACACAAUCUCAAAACACCUCCAAUUGAAGUCAAAGAGGAUGAACAACAAUACUACCAAGCGGGGUAUAUAUACUUCACAUCCAAUGAUCACCAGAAGCCGCUCAAAAAAACCCUAGGACGACGCAUAUUUCUUUCUUUACCCGCUCGACGCGAGGUUUGACUCCCCCAUAAACUUGCAAAUGCUCUGAGGCGUUAUAAAAUGUAUCAUCCAGAGAGAACUUUCUAUCAGCCCUAUCUUCAGAAGGCCAUCAAGUUCCAUAAUAGAUAUAAUAGAUCAAUCUCGGCGGCACUUGGAAUUCCUACAAAAAAUUUCAACUGUUGAUAUUAACUUGCCAUUUAAGGAAAUGAGAACUUGUUUCUGGGACAUCCAAAAAAGGAAAGUGGGAAGUUCAUUGCGGGACGGAUGGAGUAUAUUAUAAACUCGGCUGAGAUCGACACCUGCAAAAAAAUUUGUAAUGCUUUGGUAUAUUUUAAUAAUGCAACUGAAACAUUUAGUCAUGUUUAUAAACCUACCUCAAAUCAAUUUAUUCGUGAAGCUGUUAAUCUCGCUGGUGCCUUUUCAAAUUUUGAGAAUGCCGAUUAUGUGAGUUAUUUUGCUGGUUUUAUGAAGGAAAAGGUUUUAAAAUAUUAUUCACAUAUUCCGCAUAUUUAUGGUAUUGCAUUUGUUCUCGAUCCUCGUUUUAGACUUGGUUCUUUAGAAGAAUGUUUGAAUUAUUAUGACGCUGCUUUUUUUGGUCCAAUACCAAUGUAUGAUGACAACCCAAUUGAUCCGAAAAAAGAAUACAACGAGAUUAGUGAUAUAUUUUAUGCAUUAUUUAAAGAGUUUCAUGCACAAUAUGGCAACGCGCCCCUCCCUCGACACAAACCUCUUCAUCUAAAGGAAAAUCAAUUUUGAAAUUUACAUUUGCCAAUCUUAUUAAAAAAACUAAAACAACACCCGCUACUCAACAAAGCAAAUUAAUGAGAUUUCUUUGUAUUUAACAUAUGAUGUUGAUUUUGAAGAUGAUGAUGACUUUGACGUUCUAAACUGGUGGAAGGGAAAAGAAAGAAUGUUCCCGGUUUUAGCAAAGAUGGCUAAGCAAGUGCUAUCAAUGCCGGUUUCAACAGUUACCAUCGAACAAGAAUUUAGUUCGGCCGACAAUGUCCUAACGCAAUGUAGAACGAGGUUAAGCGCAGAAUCUCUUGAGAUGCUUAUAUGCUACCACGAUUGGUUGAAGGCGACCCGUAGAGCUCAAGAAAUUGACAUCACCCCAUCCCAACACUUUAUGGAUGAAUCUACAACCGAGGGUGGCUCUACCUAUUACGGAGAUUCCGAUUGAUUAGUAUUUCACUAUUUCAUGUUUUAUCUUUACCUUAAAUUGUAACUUGUAAACUUGUAGUUCAUGUUUCAAAUAAAUAUACGUUCAUCUUUUUAUAUGUAGCAUUUUUUACUGAAUUCAUAAAAUUAAUUAAUUAAUUUUACAUUAUGUAAUUUAUGCAAACUAAAAUAAAC